AUAUAAAUUACUGGAAAAGAUGUUUGCUUUGCCUAAUAAGAGGACACUAGUUCGAAUCUCAAAUACUAUUGAUUUGGAAUGUGGUAUUAAUGAAAAUAUUUUUGAAUAUAUAAAGAAAACCACAAAAGACUGGACAAUUAGUAAAAAGCUUUGCUCAAUAGUUUUUGACGAGGUGGCACUGACACCACAUCUUACAUAUAAUGAAAGCAAGGACAAAAUUAUUGGCUUUGUUGAAAUAGCAGGAGAAAGAAAGCCAAAGUUAGCUGACCAUGCUUUGGUUUUCAUGAUCAGAGGCAUCUGCUCUUCAUGGAGACAAUGCAUUGCAUAUUAUUUUUGUGAAGGAACUGUUUCUGCUGCAGAAUUGCAAAACAUCUUGCAUGAAAUGAUCCCCGUUAUCGCCAAUACAGGCUUAAAACCAGUGGCACUUGUGUGUGACCAAGGGUCAACAUUUAGGUCAUGCUUUAAAAGGCUUAAGGAAGCGACUGCUAGACUACGUAGUAAUCAAGGAAGAGAAAAUGAUUGUACAAUUCACAUAGCUGGACAAGAUCUCUUUCUCUUUCAUGAUCCUCCACAUUUACUAAAAGGUGUUAGGAAUAAUUCCCUAACAAAAGAUAUUAUGUAUGAGGGCAAAAAAGCGUCAUGGUCAGAUAUAUUGUAUAUAUAUGACUUGGACAGCAAAGGGGGGCAUACCAAGGCAAUGCCAAAAUUGACUGCACAGCAUGUGAACCCUAAAUUAAUAAAUAAAAUGAAAGUUAAAACAGCUGCCCAAGUGCUAAGUGCCCGUACAGCUGCAAUGCUUAAUUAUACUCAUGCUCUUCAUAAGAGACUCAACACUCCAAUGGAGACUAUGAAAACAACUGCAGAUGUGGUCGAGUUUUUUGACAAUUUGUUUGACAGUGUUAAUGGAUCUUCAGGUGGCACAAAAGGAAAAUUAAGAUGUGCUGUUAAACCUUCUUCACCACAUCAGCAAUUCUGGCGGAAAUCUAUUAAGAUAAUAAAAAAUAUUAGAUAUAUUGACACCAACAGUAAAUUAGCCAAACAGGCAGCGAAGCCUAGACAUGUGCGCGUUCCGUCCUUAGAUGGAUGGAAUACUACUCUAGAAAGUUUUCUAGGGUUAGCUAAAUUAUUAUUCGCGCAAUAUGAGAUUGAAUUUUUUUACCCAAGAUUAUUAAACCAAGAUCCCCUAGAGAAUUUCUUUGGACGUAUAAGAGCGAUAAAUUACCGCAACACUAAUCCCGACGCCAAUACGUUUGUGUACGCCUUCAAAUCACUAGUUUUAAGUAACAUAUCGAGCCCUCACUCAAAAUUUUCAAAUUGUGAAGAAGACGACGGUGCUACUCUGAUAGAUUUAAAUUUUCUAUUCCAUUCAUUAAAAAAUGAUAAUUAUGAUGAAAAUACAUUUCCUUGUCGAGAGUUAAACGCACCGCCCUCUUCAAAAAGCCCCUUGGACACAGAGGGAAAUAUCCUUCAAAAUGUUAUAAACGAGAAAGUGAGGGUUCAAACAUCAGCGUACACUGCAGGAUACAUCUGCAGAAAGCUAACAAAAAAAUUUAACUGCAGUGUAUGUGCUAAAACCUAUACUACUAAAGAAAUCCAGGGGAUUCAUAAAUACAUUCAAUAUAGGGAGUACAAAAGAUUAAAAAAUAAUAAUUUAGUAUACCCUAAUGAACGAAGCCUUAGAUUAUACAGAGAGAAUUCCCAAAUUAUUCACAAUUUUUUAAAUACAUAUAGCUACCAAAAUAAAAUAAAGAAAAAUAUUAAAUAUUUUAUAGAAAAAAGCGACAUGUCUUGGUUGGGAUGUCAAAAACAUUACAAAAAUGUAAGAGAAUAUUAUGCUCGAUUAAUAAAUCGCCUGCAGUGCCAUAAUUGGUGCAAUAUUAAUAAUAAAAUAUUGUGUGGCAAAAUAGAAGAAAAGUAUGUUGUAAAAAUGCAUACAAUGCAGCAAUUAAUGUUAAAAAAAUAUAAAACCCAUAUAUUAAGGCAAAAAAAAAACUAAUUAAAAUAUGAAAUGAA